UAUUAAUAAAAAAAAACGAAACAAAACCGAGAAAACCAAUAGUGAGCGAAUAAUUGACGUUCUACUGUUUAUUUAUUUUAUCCGGUCACAUACACAAAGACUGAAGUGGAUUGAAGUGCGCAGGAACAUCCGCUGGUGUCAAAGCUCUUCCCCAAAGCGUACACGAUUAAUCGAAAAUUAAUCGAGCAAAAUCCCUGGGAUAAAACCAAAAUAACGAGUUAAAACAGGAUUCAACGAUCGUCUGAGGUUGAUGGGUGGUUUCUACGAUUAGGAAUUUUUUUAAAAUCAACUCCUCGAGGCGGUGAUUUGUGAAGCUGUGAAGGAAAAGCUGUGACGAGCAUCAUGGCGGAUACCGAAACACAACCAAUGUCACGAUUACUCAAAAUUGCCAACAAAUUCAACUGUUUUUACCUGUCAGGGUUUCAUGCAGGGAAAUGCAGGGCUUUCGUGGUGGAUGGACAACAGGUGGGACUCGUUAGAUCUGAUGUCAUGAAGGAAUUGGUGAACUAUCCACAAGUAUUUGAGAUUCAACCUGAUUGUGUCCAGCUGAAUCCAGCGUUUCGUGGUUAUGCUGAAAGGAGUGCACGUAUUGAUGAAGUCCUGAGGGAGUGGAAAGCUAGUGGUAAAUUUGUUACCCUCAGGGGCUGGAGGGAAGAGCGUUACGAAGUUCGUGCUCAAUUCAAUACUCCACCUCUGUUGGAAAUGGAUCGCUCCGCGACUAGCCUAUUUGGAAUAAGAAAAUACGGAGUAGACAUCAACGGGUACGUGAUGGAUCCAGUGAAGGGAUUAUCAAUCUGGCUCCAAAAACGUAGUCCCACUAAACAAACAUGGCCUGGCUACUGGGACAACAUGAUCAGUGGUGGAUUGAGCGUGGGUUUUGGUAUUAACGAGACAGCAAUCAAGGAGGCUGGUGAGGAGGGUAGCAUUCCAACGAAUUUACUUACCAAUCUCAAAAGUGCUGGCUGUGUUUCACUGUUCUUCGAGAGUGAGAGAGGCCUCUUUCCCAAUACAGAGUUCGUAUUCGAUCUGGAAUUGCCACCAAAUUUUGUGCCAAGCAAUAGUGAUGGCGAAGUGGAGAUGUUUGAGUUAUUGCCAGUUAAUGAAUGCAUCGAGAGGAUACUCUCACCCCAUUUUAAGACUACGUCGAUUCCAGUUGCACUUGAUUUUUUGAUCAGACAUGGGUACAUCACCCCGGAAAAUGAGCCAAAUUUUUUAGAAAUCGUGGAGCUUCUUCAUGUUCCUCUCCAAACAAUGUACAAUUACGUGCAACAAUCGAAGCCUAAUAAAAUAGCUGCCAAUGGUGAGACUAAUGCCAUUCUGUAAUGAGUCGAUGGAUACUAACGAAUGAAAAUACUAGACUCUAAUUUCCAGUGUUCGAGAGUUAUUAAUUGAAUUGAAUUUUCAAGCCAAUGAGUUAGAAUUGAAUAAUUUCCCAAUGAAUUCAUUGGGUUCACUGAUAUUCAUUUAAGUGGAGGAAUUUGAAAGAACAUGUGAUUCAAGUUUAAAUAGUUUUGUUUAAAUAGUUGAAAUGCGUUGGAGUGAGAGUUUUUCGUAUUUUUUGAGAUCAAUACUUCCAAUAACCCCAACAAACAGGUGGAAUUCAGGUUUAUUCAUAGAAAAAAAAAAUAAAGCCUGAUGUAUAGUUGAGUUAAGGUGGAAACAUUCCAAAAAUCAAACUCAAGUACUCCCUCUGUUUUUUUUUUCAUUCAUGUUUAAUGUGUCAAUGAGAAUAAUUGUUUUAUUUUCAAGCACAAAAACCAUUAUUCGUACUUAAUUUUCUACGUGACUGAGUAUUCUAUCGUUACGGUAUUAAUCUAUUGACUUAUUUAUUGUUAUAACGAUUAAAAAACAAUAGAAAAAAGGAUGACAAAUUUUUUAUUUUCAAUUUGCAGUAUUCGCUGAUGAAUAAAUGUAAUAAUUCUGAUCCCACGGUCUUAAGAGCUGUCACUGGUAAUUCUUUCGAUUAAAAUUAAAAUGGAAAUCAACGGAGUAGUUAUCACAAUUGUUACAUUUAUUUCCUAAAAAAACACGACGCAACGAAAUUGCUAUUGAAGCUCGUAAGGUGCUUAGCGUUUACAAUAUUGAAUAGAAGAAAAAAAUAUUGUAUCGAUUUAGUACUUUUGUAAGAUGACAAAGGGAUUCCCGAAUGUGUGCUAGUCAUCGUUUUUUUCAAAUAUUGUAUUUUAGCUGAUAAUUAAAAGGUAAGAACGAA